AUGCCAAUGUACCGACGCAACGGGACGCAGGUUGAGGGCGUUGUCUACCACCCGCGGAGCGAUGCGCAUGCCACUGCCGUGACGGAGCGCAUCAUUCCCGUGUCCGAACGCCGUGUCGAGCGCCCCGCCGUCGCCGCAGCAGCCGCCCCGCCUCCAAUCAACAGAGGCGGGGGUAAGCGCGGCCCCAGAGGCCCGAUCUCCGAGACGUCCUUCACGGCCAAGGAGCACGCUGGCGCGUCCCGCAUCCCCUGGACGUUGACGAGCGCGCGUUCGCACAACACCAUGUAUCUCAGCAAGGCGCCUACCUCGGCGUCGCCAUCUUCGGCAGCUCCAGUUGCGACCAGUGCACCAGCUGUGGGCUCAGCGAAUGCCCCGACCCCGACCCGCGCACCUACGAUCAGCCUCACACCACACAUGAUGCUUCCCGCCGAGUUCCGCACCGGCACCAACCCUCCCGUUCCCACGUCGCGGUACGAAUCGGCGGCCAUGGCACAGGCCGUACCCCUCAUUGCUUCAGUCACUGCCGCGUACCCUCCGCUGUCUCGUGCACGCCAGAAGCGUGACCGCGACGCAGUUGGCAUUCCCGCUGCCACCUUGUCUACAACGCCAUCUCGGCGCGAGUACACCGAGCGUUCGCGUUCCGUGUCACCCGACCGCCACCGCCGCCGCUACCCCCACCUAUGGGCUGACGAGUCGGCGACAGCGUCCGCCUCGAGUACCUUGGCUGCGGCGGCGUCAAGCACGUCGCAAAUCCGAGCAGGUGACCUGUGGCCCGUUUCCGACCAGACGCGUGCCCCGCCUCCAGCACGCCGUCCAGCAAAGGCAGCAGUUGAUCUGUCCCGUCGUCGCCAUUCACCGCUGUCUUCACCGCUGCCAGGCGCUCGGCGAGCGACUCAGGGUGCCGUCGUGCCUCCGGAGCAUUCUCGUCGCGACCAUUCGCCGCUGUCGCCCGCGUUACCGAACUCUCGCAGGCCCCCACCCCCGGCCUCCGAGCACUCCCGCCAUGCCCCAACGCCGCUAUCACCACCUCUACCACGCGCUCCCAACCCGCCCGCCGCCGCUGCCGCUCCGCCACCUCCUCCUGUGGCCAAACGCCCCGCAGCGUCGUCCACGAGCCAACCCAUUCGCCUGAUGUGGACGGCAAACGACCUCGGCCUUAGCCCCGACGUUGACGACACACCCAAGCGUCCGUUCUCCAUCCUUGCUGACCUCGCCAAUCGCUGGAGCUCUGGUACCAACCUCGAGUGCCGGUGUAGUCGUCCGCAUGGCGACACUCUCGACCUGCUAGUGUCGGACAACGAGGCGAAGCAUGCCGCAGAAUGGUGUGGCAAACGCGUCCCCAUGUGGAUCCCCGGCAUCCCAUCCUGUCUCCACCUCCGCGACGAGCGAGCGAGAGGCGUCAAGCUCACUCAUGCGGAACAGUUCCUGGAGGCGGCUCAGUACCUCCUGGCGCUCGAGCACAUCGGCACGGACGAGAUGGGCUGCGGUUUCCCCUGUGCCGUCCAACUGGAGCGUCUGUCAGACAUUGCUAAGGAGAACCUCGGCAUUGUGUUUGACCAGGACCCGGACACCAACAGCCUCAUGUGUGUCGUCUUCGCGGCGACGUUCUGCGACUUUGUGGACGUCCGCGACCUCCCUCUGCUCAUGGACCGGCCAAAGUCUUCAUCCCCCACGCCCGAAGCGGAGGCUGAGGAUGAUGUCGACCCAUCGACCCCGUUCCUCUACAUCUCGGUGGCCAACUGGUACGCCUGCGGGAUCAUCGGCAACGACGACCGGGUGUUCAACCCCGAUCUCUCUUUCCUCCCCGGCCAGGCCGACCUACUCUCCGAACUGAAGGGCGUAAUCGAUCUCCCAGAGCGCCAACUGCCGCCGCUUCAGGGUAUCUCGCUCCGCUGCAUGGCGUGGGUGCUGGUCCAGGAGCUUCUUACCCUCGGACGAAAGAUUGUCCAGGACAAGAAGCUGCGUCUCAAGGAACGGCUGGAAAAGCUUAACCAGCUUCACCACAAGUGGUCGGGGGCCAUGACCCUUGCCUUCACGCGCCAGCAGGCAGAUCUGGGUGGUGCCCUCGAGGCCGACAAUGUGCUCCAGUUCCUCCGCGUCGAGCUUUGCGCGCUCGACCUCUUCGUGUGUGACGCCAUGCUCAUCUUUGCACUCAACCGCGAACUGUCGACCGACGACUAUGCCCUCCUUGCCGGGUGUGCCAAUGAAGACAUGUGUGUCUACAUCAGGAAGCACUGGGUGCACAAGGUGGACGCUACCCAAUCGAUGCUGCGGGCGCUGGUCUGGCUCUCAACGUGCAAGGGCGCCUUUCCGACAGUCGCGACCCUGGCGUACAUUCUCGAGGUCGCCAAGACGGUCGUCGAAAUCAGCAGCGUGAGCUAUAAGAUGCGCGUUCCUUUUACCCCGGGCCUCCAACAGAGUUUUGAUGCUGUGGCCAAGUGGGUCGAUACCAUGGCACAGCAGAAGGCAGAGGUGUUCCCUUAUCCCCUGAGCCUGACGCGGCACUUCAUCAAGUCGUCCCAGCAGGCCGUGAGCAGCUGGGAGCAGUGGGGCGUGGUGCGCGCCAAUGCGGAGAGGCUUGGUCAGGUGGUGCCUGUGGUCGGUAUUGUGCCCGCAGCGGUGCGUAGUGAGAGCGAGCGCGUCCGCGUCGAAUCGACUCAACGUGGACGCCGCGAGCGCUUGCGGCCCACCGAUUUCGAUACACAUGGCGACCCCGACCAGCGUGUCCGCUCCACCGACGACGACGAGCGCGCCCGUUCAACCGACCGCGACAAGCGUGUUCGCUCGGACGAGCACGGAUCGCGCCGCCAUGCCGAUGAUCGGCCAAGCAGUAGUGACGCCCGCCACCAACGCGAGGAACCCCCACGUCCACCGACGAUCGAUGAGGUUGAGGAAGGUGACGAGGAGGCGGGCGGCGCGCCGCCCACGCCAUUGACGCCUGAACCGUCGGCGCACCAGACCACCACAUCGCCAGAUAUAGCGGCCGACAAUGCCGUCGUCGUCAAAUCCGAACCGCUCGAUCACAUCGAUGAGGAGGAGGACCUUGAUGUGGAAGUCAAAGCCGAACCGCGGGACAUCUCCGAUCGCGACGAAGAGGUCCCUGCCCACGCCACGCGCCGGGCAUCGUCCGAGUCGUUCAUUGCCACAACCCCGCCCCCUAUCCGCCGCAAGCGCGGCGCCGAUCCCGAGGCGUCGCCCUCGACGCCAUCCAAGCGCCGGGCGCCGGCCUCGUCCCCGCCCCUGUCUUCUUCCCCACGUAGAAGCAGCCGGCUCGAGGGGCGUGACUCCAACGCCUCGUCGCCCCGGCGUGCCAAGGUUGCCAACAUCCGGUUCUGGUCUGCAGCGUCGUCGGACGUGUCGACAGCCCAGUUAGUCACGGUGCGGCAGGUGUAA